ACCAAGAUGGCCGCGCCCAUGGGUCGAAUGCUUCGCGGCUCUCUGUGGGGGUCCUCGUGGGGGUCCCCGUGGGGGUCCCCGUGGGGGGCCCCGUGGGGGGCCCCGUGGGGGUCCCUCAGGGCGCUGCCGCGACUUUGCCCUCGGAGGCCGCGCUCGGGGGUCUCAUCUGGUCGUGAUUUCGACCUCCUGGUCAUAGGCGGAGGAUCGGGAGGUCUGGCCUGUGCCAAAGAAGCGGCUGAGCUGGGAGCCAGAGUGGCCGUUCUGGACUACGUGGCACCAUCACCCCAAGGUACGCGCUGGGGUCUAGGUGGAACCUGCAUCAACGUUGGCUGCAUCCCCAAGAAGUUGAUGCAUCAAGCAGCACUCCUAGCUGGAGCCCUGGCUGACGCUCCACACUUCGGAUGGCAGCUCCCUCCUCAUCAGCAGCACAGACACUCGUGGUAGCGGAGCUGCUGAUGAGGAUGAUGAUCGUCGAAGCGGCUCGCUCGCUCACCGUUCACUC